AUGAAGAAGUUUAUGGACAAAGUGAGGCGCGACAUGGAAGUGGAACAGGGCGAGGCACUUCAAAUUAUGAAGAAACAUGCUUACAUGGCGAAAGUCUACGGCUUACGAUUCGGAUGUAAGCGACAUCUUUGGAAAAACACCACACCAUACGCUCUACUCUAUCAUACGUCACUCUUUGUUUAUGACAAAAUUGUACCGACGAACGGAAGUCGUCUGGAGAGAUUUCCCAUAAGUACGGAUUACCUGAUACUUGAUGACAAGUAUCAUUUACUCCCGUUUCUACAUAUGAACUUCUCGUUGAUAAUUUUGAUAACUAUCUUCGCGGGAACGGAAACGUUAGCGAUCCUCGUGCUGAAACAUGCUGCCAGUUUGAGCGAAGUUGCC